UUGACGAGUCUCUUCUCAUUCACUGGCGAGUUGUCACGAUGGAUAACAGUCAUCAUCUUCACCUGAACCUCUUCAACGGCCAACUAAUCCCAAGGAUUGGAUUGGGAACUUGGCAGUGUACCCCAGACGAAGUCAAGGAAGCCGUUAACGAUGCUCUGGAGGCUGGAUAUCGGCACAUCGAUACGGCUUACUUGUAUCAAAACGAGGCGGCAAUCGGCGAAGUUAUUCAAGAAUGGAUCAACAGCGGAAAGCUUAAGCGCGAAGAGUUGUUCAUAACAACAAAAUUGCCAUUUACUGGCAACAAACCGGAAAAAGUGGAGCAUUUUCUGAAACUUUCCCUGGAAAACCUGAAGCUAGACUACGUGGAUCUCUACUUAAUUCAUUUCCCCAUCGGGUUCCGAGGAGAAGACGACCACGAUCUCUUCCCGAGGGAUGAAAACGGCCGAUUAAUUCUGGACUUUGAUUCCAACAUGAUUACUCUUUGGAAAGCGAUGGAAACGCAAGUGGAAGCUGGGCGAGCCAAAGCCAUCGGCCUGUCCAACUUUAACAGUCAUCAAAUCGAAAGGAUCGUCCAAACUUCGCGGAUUAAACCGGCCAAUCUACAAGUCGAGAUGCACGCUUAUUUCCAGCAGAAGCGAUUGAGGGCUUACUGUAAAAAACACGACAUAGUCGUUUGCGCUUACGGGCCACUUGGAUCGAAAGGCAGGGUUGAUUUUAGCGCUCGAUUUGGAGUACCAAAGCCUCAAGUCCCAGAUGUUCUCGACGAUCCGGUGGUGGCGGAAAUUGCCAACGCCCACAUGAAAACAUCUGCCCAAGUUCUUUUGCGUCACUUGAUCCAACUGAAUGUUGUCGUCAUUCCCAAAAGCGUCUCCCAGUCGAGGAUUCGUGAAAAUUACGAGGUGUUUGACUUUGUCCUGACGGCCAACGAAAUGGAAAAACUCAGCCAGUUGGACAAAAACAACCGAACUUUUAUUUUUGACGAGUACGACGGAGUGCCAGAUCAUCCGGAAUACCCGUUCAUCAUUCCAUAUUAGUCACCUGUUCGUCCCACCUAUUACGGAGAACUUAAUUGAUGGAUAGAUGAAAAGUCAAUACUAACCCGGUGAGACGUGAAAUUGAUUAUAUUGAAUCGCAGUUGAUACGAAUGGUACAUUUUCAAAUCAUUUUAAAGAAUACAUUCUCGAUCUUUAAAAUAAAAGUUUGUCUUUUAAA